AUGGGUGUUCAGCACCUUUCCUGGCUGGCCUAUGGCCUGGCAUCCGCUCUUUUCACUCAAGUCUGCUCGGCCCAUGUUCUCGAGCCUAUUGAUAUGCUAGAGUAUGAGGAGGGCCAUAUUGGUGCCCGUGACACGGACUACUCUAAAAUGGAUCUUCUCAAUUACGAGACUUUCCUAUGGGGUGGUCUUAGUGCAAAGGGCAGAUACGGCCUCGGAAACUUCACAACCUUCAUGCCUGGCAAGCACGAGAGCAUCAUUGCCAUGGAGAAGUUCUAUCCUCUGUUGAAGUCAACCGAGUGCACCAAGGAUAGCAUGACUAUGAAGUUCGAGGAUGAGAAGGCCUUCCACUACGGGACUGAGGCCUGGAAAUGGGUCAAUGAGCACGAAAAACACACCUUCCUGCUUGUUGCUGGAAAGGGCCACUGCAAGUGGAACGAAGACCGGCUCCCGUUUGUUGUCAAGAAUGUUGAGUUUGAUGAUAAGACCAACACUAUUAAGACGACUGGCGAGGUCUCUACCUGGACCAAGUCGGCCCAUUCAUACGAGCUCUACGUGAGCGGCCGCCCUGCCUCGACCAAGCGCGAUUGGGACAAGAGCUUCACCUUUGAUAUCGAUGCAGGGAUCCCACUCAGCCAUAUCAGCCUGGGCAGCGGUGAUUACAAAUUGACAUACGACUGUAUUGGCUGUGGCACGAAGGGAUCCCUUGAUUUUGACUUCCACAUUAAAACAUGGCUGGACAUCCCGCAUGACAUUGAACUUAUCCUGUCUCCUAAAGGAGUCUCUUUCACAUACGAGCCUACACUGGGAGUUUCUGCAGCUCUCACAGAGGCUAUUAAGCCAGAUCCGCUAUCUUUGGGGAAAAUCCCCCUCGAUGGAGUAUCCUUCGGAGAUGGCCUUCUGAGCCUAGGCCCCAACAUCGAGUUUUCAUUGGGUGCCUCUAUAGGUCCGCUCAAGGGCGUUGCUUCAAUCACAGGCGGAGGGGUUAUGACUGUUGCGGAUUCGGGAUCAUUGACUGUUGACCUGUUGGAUCCCGGCUCCGAUUCGAAUGGGUGGGAGACAUCGUGGGAGCAAAAGGAUUUGACCUUCAGUGCUGGUCUCAGCGGCUCUUGGCAAAUCAACCUUGAUGCUAAGCUUAUGCUGUCAUUGGAAGCGUUGGACCAUGGAUUCGAGACUGGCUUGGAUCUGCAGGGUUUCUAUGGCGCAACCCUAGGCCUUACGGACACAACUGGAGACGCCUGUCCCAACCAGGCAGGGGACGAACACACAGCCUUGAAAUAUACUCCAUCAGCUGGCGUCAACCUCAUUGGAGAGGCUUUGUAUGAAGAUGGCACAGAGAGUCCGCUCCUGUCUGCAACACUUUGGUCCUGGGUCCAUACGUUUGCGAGCUGGUGUACCGGAGUCGACGGCGGAAUUACUACUCCAACUGCCUCAUUCUCAUCGCAGUCGUAUACGGUUCCCACUUUAACGUCGCCGAAACCGAUUCCUUUCUCGUCGGCGCCUUCGUCAUCGUUCCCGUACCCACCGUACUCAAUUCCCACUCCCUCGUCGUGGACACGCCAGCCUGCUCCACCGUCCUCAGGGUCAGGUCCAGUCCCGCCGCCAGGUUCCACCACAGUUGCACUGCCGCCGCCAGGCUCUUCUACAGUCAAGCCGCCGCCGCCAUCAUCUAUUACAUCCAACCCGGCGCCGCCGCCGCCUCCUCCACCUCCACCAAAGAGUACCACCAGCUCUAGCGUAAUCGGCCCCCGUGUCCGUCGGAGACACGUGGUUCCCAAGGAAGCCAGAAUGCCGCCGUGGCUCCGGGAAUGA